AUGCAAGCGCGUUAUCUUCGUCACAGGCUCGAAGACUUGCAUUGGAUACGAUCUUGUGACGCUCCUGGAACAGAAGGGUUGUACAAUUUACCUGUCAUCGGGGAAUCAAGCAGCUUGGAAAACAGGCGCAGUGAGUCUAAACUCAAGGAAGAGCACGGUCUUGAUGUUAGAUAUGUUCAAUUGGACAUCGCCGAUAUUUCUGCAAAGGAGACCGUCGAGAAGGCCACAGGCAGGCUGGACCGCAGACCUAUCCCAUCGUCUCACUUCUUGUCUCCCUUAUUCGCGCUGUACCACUACUUGUUUCAACACCGAUGCCAAAACACCCUCUCCAAGGUGACAACGUACUGCGGACUGAUCCUCGGCCUUCGUAAAAGGGCCGCUGAACCCACGACACAUCAACUCAACAUUGACAUGUACCAGCCCAGGUAUAAAAAGCCAGGAAAAGAAACUCCGAUUCUUCGUCAAGCCUCGUGCUUUAUCCUCUGUAUUGGCCGGUCCAUUACAGAUUCAACUCUCCGUCUCUCUCUUUCCACAUCCUAUUCCCCAUUCAUCAUGCGCAUCUACGCAGCACACAUCGUCCUCACCAUGGCGCUCUCCACAUAUGCUCUCCCAGCGGUAAGCAAGAAUUACCCUUUACAGACUAUUCUCAGCUCAAUCAAGACCCAAACUUCGUUGGGCGCUCGUCAAGGAGAUGUCCAGGGAGGCGAUCCACCAAGAGGAAACGGACAAGGAUCCAGUGGUCCAGGACAAGGACCAUUGAAUAACAGCCAGCAACCCAGCCAGAACGGACCUCCGGGGAUGAACGGGGGUCAGGGUGGUGGCAACAAUCCAGGACAGCCCGAACAGGGCCCUCAAAACGGACCAUCGGGACCCCAGAAUAGUGGUCAAGGAGAUCGGGGCGGCCCACAACAAGGACACGGCGGUCAGAAUGGUUUUCGUGGAGGUAACGGCAACUUCGGUGGCCAACAGCCUCAGGGUGGCCCGCCAAUUGGUCAGGGAGAGCCACAGAAUAGCGGCACACCUCAGAAUGGACGUGGUGGACCUGGCCAACAGAAUGGUGGUAUGCGUCGACGAAGUGAUACUGGUUUGGCUUCGUUUCGCCUAUAG